GAACCUAAUAUCGAUGAAGUUGUUCAAACGCACGAAGUUUUUGCAAAUGUUUCCAAGGGCCAGUUAGCGAAAAAAUCGGAAUUAUUUCAAGAUUUCGAAACUGAAGAUGUAGAGGAAAUUAUUCUGAAACUUCUGCAGGAAGGCGAAAUCCCGGUUUCCGAAAUGGAACGCAAGUCAAUAUCUGAGAGUUUGUCUCGCGAUAUAGCAAAGAUCAUUUCAGAAAAAUGCGUCAACACCGAAACCAAUCGACCGUAUACCGUUACCAUGAUCGAAAAAAUGAUGAAAGAAUGUCACAUCAACCUACAGCCCAACAAGAGCGCUAAACAUCAGGCACUCAAAGCCAUAGAGAAACUAAUGGAAUCAGGGAAAUAUAAGAUAAAACCGGCGAUGAUGGAAAUUGUGAUAUCCCUUGAUCCAAAAAUUGUCGAGGAAGUUUCACCCAAAAUACUCCUCCACGUACAUCACAUAACUCGACAGGGUCUAAACUCAGAAGGAAUAUUUGAAAUGAAAGCAGUGAUUGAGCAAAAGGACUAUCAUUUUUUGACUGGAACUCUGAGUGAAGUGGCCAAAAAUCGCUACUGUGUGGAGAUAUUGGGUGCAGCUCGACCAGAGCAGACUUCAGGUGGAAAGAGGAAGCCCCCUCCAUCUUCCCACUCUUCCUCCGUUGCCCCGAUUCCUGAGCUUACCUCUUCAAUCCCUGAAGAAGAAUCCUCUGAGGUCGUCUCUCUACCUCCGUCUUCAAAGGAAGAGCCUGAAAAGGCACCAACUCGUGGUGGUGGUGGUGGUGGUGUCGACAGCGAAGAUGAUGAAUAUGCUCAGGCGGCAAAACCAAUCGAGAAGCAGCAAAAGAAGGCUAAUAGAAAGCGCAAAAAUCGGACAUACGUUAAUGACGAGGAGGAUGUGGGUGCCUAA